AUGACUGUCUCGGCUUCUUUAACUUCCUCUCUGGUUCGGCUUCCGCCUCCGUUCUCCCGCAGCAGCUGGUGUCUGAGUGAACCUCCUCUGACCUCGGUUAUCUGGAUUGUGCAGAUUAGCCCGGCAGAUGCCCCGUCGGAGGCCGAUUUCGAGGCUACCGGCGCAGCGGCUGCUGACGAGACGGCGGCAAGCAGUUCAUGGGGAGCUCAGCAGCUUCCACUUGCAGCCGGGCGAGCAACACGUACUGCGAGUUCUUUCUGGACCAGUCUCUGCAGGAGCUUGAAGAUGGUGAUCUUCACGCCCAAGCUCAACAUUCUGCUGCCUCUCAGCCCCGGGGCCCUCCUGGCGAACAGAUUUUCCCGGAAUCGUGUGAGUUUCAUGGCCCUUCGUAACUGUCUCUCUUCAGCUCUCAUCUGGUGGCGAGAUCUGCCUCAACACCCAUUGCAUGUCCCUCUAUAUCUCUCGAGCUGAUGCUUUCUGCAACGGAGCUGCAGGGACUGGUCUUCAUCCUUAGCCUGCUCGGCAUGAUCCCGUUGGCUGAGCGCAUUGGUUACACAACAGAGUAAGUCGGAGUUCCUCCCUUCAACUCAAUUUAGGGGCCUGCAAAGAAUCUAAAAUCUCCUUCUGGGAAUCUACAGGCAGCUCUCAUUCUUCACUGGGGCAACUGGUAAUCCUUAGCUUCCUCCAUCCUCUCUAGGUUCCUCUUCAUUCUCUCCACACCCUUUACGGCUUCAACAGGAUUCUUGACUCAACUCCACGGAAAAUGCAGUCGGCGGUCUUCUUAACUGCACCUUUGGGAAUGCGACAGAGGUUGUGGUGUCGAUCUUCGCGUUGAAGAAUGGGAUGACGCGCAUCGUUCAGCAGUCAUUGCUGGGCUCAAUCCUGUCAAACAUGCUGCUGGUUCUUGGAUUCUCCUUCUUCUGCGGGGGCAUGGUCUCGAAGAAGGCCCAGUUCUUCGACAAGGUGCAGCAUCCUUAAUCAACCCGUGGUCUUCAAGGGAUCCCCGGAAGGCUCCGACUGACUGAGGGCUGUGCUGCGCAGGAGUCGGCCGUCCUCAAUUCUGGAAUGCUGCUGAUGGCCGUCAUGGCCCUCCUUCUCCCUGCUCUUCUCCACUUCACCCGCACGGAAGCUCACAGUGGGGAGUCGGAACUGGCCCUCUCGAGGUUUAGCAGCUGCGUCAUGCUGGUCGCCUACACCGGCUAUCUCAUUUUCCAGCUGCAGAGCCACAAAAAUCAGAGUGAUAAAGAGAAUGAGGUUAGAAAAUAUGCUGGCCAUUCAUUGAAUCUACUCUCAGAUCGUGAGCCUCUGACCAAGUUGCCUAUAACACUCUGAUCUUUAGGAUCAUGAAUUGAUAAGUUUUGGCCGAUUCCUCAGGGCUAAAACAUCCUCUGUUUCAAUAUUUUUCUGUCUGUGUUUCAAUUAUUUACUUCUGUAACCUUAUGAUAUUAGGAAACUGUCGAAGAUAAUUCAUGUUCCAAUGAGGGAGAAGCCGCGGAGAUUUCUAAGUGGGAGACUAUCAUCUGGCUUGGAAUAUUCACAGCCUGGAUAUCGGUCAUCUCAGAAUAUCUAGUGGAUGCUAUAGAGGUACCAUGCAACAAAUUUUCACUUAUUUUAGUGAUGGGUUGGUCCUUGGAAUUGAUCGACUGAUGAAAUAAUUUUCUGGCAACUAUGGGCUUUCGUUUUUAUCCCGUGUAAAAAAAGAGUUCAUUCGAAUAUGUCUCUGUCUUGCAUAAAGAUCAGACCUGAUAUCUCUGGAUGCAAAAAAGGCGGAAAUAAAAAACAUAAUUAAAUAUGCAUAUUAAAAUGUAGAUGAGAACAGAGAAAGAGAUGGAAACCAUUUAAUGGAAAAAAAAAUGGCUUAGGAACAAUGAUCAGAUCUUCCUACGAAGAAAUCAAAGGUGCGAUAAACCCAGAAAUAACCUCUGAUUUUGGUGCAUGCAGAGACCUAAAAAUUCCUUCCUCGACAAUACUCCUUAAAAGAGCAAUGAUUUCAAUGGUGUGAGGUUGAAUUGCUUUGACUUGUUGGCCCUUUUCUUGUGCUCUGUUCACUCCACAGGGAGCUGCAGAAGAAUGGAACAUGCCGAUCACAUUUAUUAGCGUGGUUAUGCUGCCAGUCAUCGGCAAUGCUUCUGAGCAUGCCUCUGCCAUCAUGUUCGCCAUGAAAGAUAAACUUGUGGGUGAUUUUUUCCCCUUUAAUUUCUAAACACUUUUUUAAGCAUUAAUUAUGUUUCUAGAUGAUAAUCAUUUUACAUUGGUUGUCCAGGAUCUAACUCUUGGGAUUGCAAUCGGGUCAUCCACCCAGAUAUCUAUGUUUGGGGUGGGUGCAUCAUCUGCACAGAUUCUAUCAUCUAUAUCUACGUUUGCUGGAAAAAAAAGAUUUUUUUUUUUGUGAAGAUUUUGAAGUCUAGAUCCUUCUUGAUUCCUCUAUUACUGUGCACGCAGAUCCCAUUUGCGGUACUUGUGGGAUGGAUUAUGGGCCACCCAAUGGACUUGAACUUUCAGCUGUUUGAGACUGCGGUGCUGUUCAUCACAGUCUUGGUGGUCGCCAUUCUUCUUCAGGUUUGUAGAUUCGGGGCACUGAUUUUUAUUAUUAUUAUUAUUAUUUAUUACCUAUUUUCCAUGAUAAUGCUGAAAUGUAUCUUUCAAUUGCCUGAGAAUCUCCUUUUACGGUGUAUGGAAAUUUAUCAGCGUCAAGAGCAUUCACAUAUCUUCUCAACUUACCUCAGGAGGGAAAUUCUAACUACUGCAAAGGGAUGCUUCUUGUUCUGUGCUAUGUGAUUGUCGCCGCCAGUUUCUUUCUGCACGUGGAUGCAUCGGCACUUUCCAAUUGA